AUGUCCCCCAAAAAGAAGAAUUCGCCCACUGUGGGCAUGGAUAGCGCUAAUCCUGAGUCGGGGACCCAAGAAGGGAAGACCGCAAAGCGAGACGCCUGUACGCUUCAUUCAUCCAUCCAACUCCUUCCCUUCCCCACCCCGUCGCGACGAGCGCGAACUAACACCUAUGCUGGUCCAGUCGCAGAGCUCCUUGCUCCCAAACCCAAACAACCGAAACACACGAGCGAUCGAGAAUCACGCGACAAGAGAGCCGUCGGUGGGCCGCGGGAUGCUCUGGGCGCCUACAUCGCCAGGCCGGAGUCAUACCCCUCCAACGUCGUCGUAUACUACAACGAGGACUUCGUCGUCAUCCAUGACCUCUACCCCAAAUCCACCCUCCACUUACUUCUCCUCCCCCGUGAUCCCGCGAAGACCCGCCUACAUCCGUUCGACGCUUUCGAAGACCCCGUGUUCCUGGAUAAAGUGAAGGCGGAGACGAAGAAGAUUCGCACGUUGGCUGCGGGUGAGCUCAGACGCUUACAUGGGAAGUAUUCGGCGCAGGAUAAGAAGCGACUGGAUGCGCUGGAUGCGGAUCCGCCGCCGGAGAAGCUGCCGCCGGGACGCAACUGGGAGCAGGAAAUCAUGUGCGGGAUCCAUGCGCAUCCGUCCAUGAACCAUUUACAUAUCCAUAUUAUCUCUGUGGAUCUGUUCAGCGAUCGCAUGAAGCAUAGGAAGCAUUACAAUAGCUUCGCCACGCCGUUUCUCGUUGACGUUGAGGAUUUUCCUCUGGCGCGGGAUGAUGUCAGAAGAGAUCCGGAUCGAAAGGGCUAUCUCAGGUACGCAUUUAAAUGCUGGCGUUGUGGCCGUGAUUUUGGGAACAAAUUCACCGAGUUGAAAAAGCACUUGGAGAAGGAAUUCAACGAGUGGAGAGGACUAUAG